AUGUCGUACAAUCCGUCGUACGGCGGCCAGUUUCAAGGCCUGAACGCAGCGAGGGGUGGCCUCAAGAAGGACACCGCUAGCGGCGCCGCGAAGGGAGAUCCUCUCGCUUCGGACCUUCCCCCCACUAAAGUCAUUGUGAAAUUCAAUAGCCUGACAUUCGUUUCCAUGCCGGAGCUGAAGUCCCCAGACCGCAGAGACUUUUUCGUCGCUGCUGUGUUCGAGAAUGAUGACUUGAAUGAGGUGAUGAAACAUAAACGUGCGAGAACACGUGUGUUCCCUGGCCGGUUUGUUGGCAACGUUUGGAACGUCGACCUCAAGAACAGCCAAAUGAUUUUGCCCGUGGCGGAUCCCAGCAAGCGCCUGCGGUUUUACGUCUGCGCCAUCAGCACGACUUAUGUGGAAGCGGACGGAAAGAGAUCGAGGGAUAUUGCGCUCGUUGGAAUUGGCUAUUCCGAUUCUUUCUUCAUGGACAAGUGCAAAACGUACCAGUCGACGGUCCUGGAUCUCAAACCGGUUCAAGGCGGCGAUGAGAGCAUCAAACCCGGCAAACUCGAGCUUUCCGUCGAAUGCUGCCAAAGCAGCCACGGACCCGCCAUACCACCUGACGUCCACGACAGCGUCCUAGAGGCUUUCCAAGCGUAA